UCUCCCUCUCUCUCUCUCUCUCUCCAAUCUAUAUGUUUGUUUUCCCCCUCUAAAAGUUUCUGUGGAAAGAGGCAGGCAGUCCUUUCUGUUCUUCCAUUUCUGAGUUGAUUUCAUUUUUUGAUUCUCUCUCUUUUUUCUAAGCAAUCAAAUAUAUAUAUAUAUAUAUAUGUACAUUUGAUUUUCCGUUUAAUCUGAAUUCUAGCUAAGAAAGAAAGAUAUUCUUGAUUUUCUCUCGUGCUUUUCUGAAAUGUCUUUCUUGUAUAGAUUUUUCCUUCCUGAAGAAGCCAAGGUCGAAGAGGGAGAGUGGGAAAAGGAGAGAUAACAAAAGAAAAACCGAUUUCCAAUCCCAACAGAUUUCAAAAUAGCAUCAGUAUAUCGAUAUAUAUAAACAACAAAUCGUAUAUAUUGCUUUCGAUCUGCUUCUGCUGUUAUGGGCGAUGCAAAGGUGAUGAAAGCAGCAAAAUCACAAACCGUGACAACGAAACUCACCGCUCAAAUCGAGGUUGAAUUCGCGAAAUGCGACUGUUGUGGAUUGACAGAGGAGUGCACUUUGGGAUACAUAGACAGAAUUCGCGAACGCUAUCAAGGCAAAUGGAUCUGCGGACUCUGCGCCGAGGCCGUGAAAGACGAAAUUGUGAGGCGCGAGAGGCUGAUCAGCACCGAAGAGGCCUUAAUUGAGCACAUGAACUUCUGCAAAAAGUUCAUCACAUCAGAGCCGCCUUCGAACCCUGCUGUUCAUUUGAUUUCUGCGAUGAGACAGAUUCUGAGGAGGAGUUUGGAUUCUCCGAGAUCGUUGACGUCUUUACCGAGUAGUCCGAUGAAGAACAAUCGAAAAAUUAAACGAACCAUGCUCACUCGAUCGGAAAGUUGUAUUCCUUCUCUGUCUCUGCUUGAGGAUUCGUCCUAUCAUAAUCAUACAGUAGAAGAAGCUGGUGAAUGAAAAUCGGAAAAUCUUUUACCCAAAAAAAAAAAAGGGGGAAAAAGAGGAGGGAAUAAUUGUAAGUUCUAUUUCGACUGCUUUAAUUUGGAAAAAAGAAUGAAAUAAAAAAUUAGAUCCUUGAUUUAGUUAUUUAUGUGUGAAAUUGAUAUAGAGCAGAUCAAUGAUUAUCAUGAAUGAAAUAUACUUUCAUUUUAUUUUUA